AUGCAACAACAACAACAAAUAGACAAGAUGUACGCUGCUGGUCCCGUUAGAAACGUGGGCGUAGCGACUAGUUUCUUGUACAAGUUAACAGAAUUAGCUGCUUACACUUCGGCUUUUGCCAGUGAUACUUACCACACUUUGACAUCUAGCAAUGGAAAACUUGAGCUAGAAAUCCCUGUACAGACGAAUAAAUCUUAUAAAACUUUUGGAUUACAAGGACAGUAUAUUGACGAAGAUGCAAGGCAUUUCAAUAAAGAUACUUCAGAGCUUCUCGACACGAAUAAUGUUGAGUUGAACGACAAUGAUACCGUCCAGAACAACAACGUAGUCCAGAAAAGCAUUAGUAAUACUGUUCAGAAAAAAAAUAAUACUGUCCAGAAAAAAAAUAAUAUUGUCCAGAAAAAAAAUAAUAUUGUCCAGAAAAAUAAUAAUAAUGUGACUGACAGUCAAGAAAUAAAUUUUGGAGUUGAUAAAAAAGACCAAUGUUCGUGGACAGCAAAUGAUAAUGAAGAAGAACCACCACCACCAUAUGAUAUUUCUUGGUCAAUGCCAACUCAUAACAAUGAAACGAAUCAAGCUUUAUCGAUCUCCACUCAUAACUUAUCAGAUGUGCCUGCUCUGUCCUCAUCACCGAAGAAUAUACGAUUUGAGACUCCUCAAACUGAUUCUCAGAUCGAUAUCCCUUCUACAUCGUCUCCUACUCCAGUUAAACGUAGGCAAAUUCGUGUACGUCGUCCUCGGAGAUUACUUCGUCGCAAGUCUUCUUCAACUGAUCUUUCAAUUCAACCUAGUGAAUAUGAUGAUCAAGACGCUUUUUUAUCAAAAGUUAACGAGAAACUUGUUGAUAUGAUCGCUCGAGGUAAAGCUGCCUUAAAUAGUACCGUCAGUAUAACUGAUGUUGAUAUAAUGCUUGCUGAAGAAAGAGAACGUGAAACUCGCAUAAUGAAAGAACUUGGCCUUCAAACUCCGCUCAAUCGGCGGAAUAGGAGAUUGAAUGGUUCUUUUUCCGAUUACGAUUAUUUUGGUGGUUCAAUAUCAGAUCAUGCCAAUUAUUCUGCUCCAGAGUCUUCGUCCUAUUACGACUAUGGUUACGUUUCUAGUAAUGGCUAUUCAACUCCAAAUGAUUAUGUGACGACUCCUCUUCACCAUUCAUCCCACAUACAUUAUAAUUCUCCAUCUCAAUAUAGUUCUUAUAUGUCUCCUCCCCUUCAUCAUUCAUCUCACAUGCAUUAUAACACCCCAUCUCAAUAUAAUUCUUAUGCGACAUCUCCUCCUCAUCAUUCAUCCCACAUUCACUAUAAUACUCCAUCUCAAUAUAGUUCUUAUGUAACCCCUCCUCAUCAUCAUUCGUCUCACGUGCACCACAACACUCCAACACAAUAUAGUUCUUAUUAUCACAAUAUAAAUCAAUUCCACGAUGAAAAUUGGUACCGAGGAUACCCUGUACGUGGUGCUACAGUCGAUUAG